AUGCUCCCACCCCGGCCCACCUGCGAGUUCCGCGGACAUCAACCGGUCCACUUGCCCCUUUUGGGGGCAGAAGGUGUUUUGGUGGCCGCACUCGUUUUCUCCAACUGCACGCUCUCGGGGCUCUCCGUGCACGUGCACGGGGACAGUGGGGACAUGUGGGUGCGGAGAAGUCUUCUCCUUUGGCUAAGAACACAAGUCUGGAUCAUGAGGACCCGAUGUGUCCAACAUGAGCCGGUGUUUGGGUCCUGGAAUGGACUGUGGCAAUGGGGUGAAGAGGAGAGGGGGGGAAAAUGUGGAUGA